AUGUCUUGUGAAAUGCUCGUUCUUCCUUCUAAGACACAUAUCAGAGUCUCUCUCCUGCUUGGAGACUGUGCUCAACAGAUGCCCAUUGCACAGUUACCAGACGUUAUUGCCCUGGUGGACCUCGGGCACCUGUAUGGGGACAACUUGCAGCGUCAGCACCAGCUGCGACUCUUCAGGGACGGGAAGCUCAAAUUCCAGGUGGUGGACGGAGAGGUGUACCCCCCGACGGUUACUGAUGCUCCCGUUCACAUGGUCUACCCGCCUGGCAUGCCGAAGGAGAAGCAGAUGGCCAUGGGGCAGGAGGUGUUUGGGCUCCUGCCGGGGCUCUGCCUGUACGCCACGCUCUGGCUCCGCGAGCACAACCGUGUCUGCGACAUCCUGAAACAGGAGCAUCCGACGUGGAGCGAUGAACAGCUCUUCCAGACGGCUCGCCUCAUCCUCAUCGGGGAGACCAUUAAGAUAGUCAUUGAAGAUUACGUGCAGCACCUCAGCGGGUACUUCCUGAGCCUCAAGUUCGACCCCGAGCUGCUCUUCGGGGUGCAGUUCCAGUACCGCAAUCGCAUUGCCGUGGAGUUCAACCAGCUCUACCACUGGCACGGGCUGAUGCCGGACUCGUUCGUCAUCCAGGGGAGACGUUCCCUUGAUGCAGGAGAGGACGAGAAGGCGGCAGAGCUGGAAGAGCUGUAUGGAGACAUUGAUGCUCUGGAGUUUUAUCUGGGCUUGCUGCUUGAGAAACCCCAGCCCAAUUCAAUUUUUGGGGAAAGCAUGGUGGAGAUCGGAGCUCCGUUCUCCCUCAAGGGGCUUCUCGGAAACCCCAUCUGCUCCCCCGAGUACUGGAAACCCAGCACGUUUGGCGGAGCAACUGGCUUUGAGAUCGUUAAGACAGCGUCGCUCGAGAAACUCGUGUGCCUCAACGUGAAGAAGUGCCCGUACGUGUCUUUCCGUGUGCCGGACUCUGUGGAAUCAGGAGCAAGCGGGAGACAGCAAGACGGCGGACGAUCUGCGGAGCUCUAGCACCAGGACAGCCCUGCGCAGAGAGCCGAGGGGAAGGAGAGGAGACCUGCAAACUCCCUCUGCCGAACACCGGCAGGACAGAAGAUCGCGCGGUUCUGGGCUUUCUCCACAACGUUGCUGGAGCCUCGGGGGAAAAAGCUGGUUCUAGCUCUAGGAAAAGCUAAAGUGCCUCCAAAAUUAUAGCUGCCAUGACCUGUCCUCAGUAGACCGACUUCUCUUGCUAGCAAAUAGCUUGCACUGAGUUGCCUUAGUGCAACCCUUGGGGUUGUUCAGGGGACUCCCAGGUUGCUGGGGUGCUCUGAAUCCCCUGCUCUGCCCCCCUCCGACCGCCACUGCUUUUCAGCACGCGAAGCGACCGGAAGCAUCGUUUUUACGCACCCAAACUGCAGGGU